AUGAUGUCAAUAUCAUUGAUCUUCUUAUUGAUUGGUUGCUGCUUUGCAGCUGAGAAAUUGGCAUCCUAUAAUGUGGAUCCAAGUGAAACAUCAGUUCCCGGUAUAUCAUCUGGCGGAUAUUUUGCUACACUAGUACAAGUCGCCUUUUCCGCUUCAAUAAAAGGCGCUGGAAUUGUAGCAGGCGGUCCUUAUAACUGUGGUGGACAAAUGAGUUACACCAAUUGUAUGUACGCGAGUAGGGGUGUCAGUUUACAGUUUAUUUAA